UGUUAGUGGUCAUUCGUGUUGUCUAUAUUUAGUUUUAGGAUAAAUAUUGUUCCAGGCCAGCUCACUGCUUCCAUGGCUCCCUGGCAGUCAGCUGCAGUGCCGCAGUCCGACCGGACGGGGGCGCUGUUGCACUCAGUUUGUACGUAUGAUCUUUGAGAACAUGGUGGUGGAUCAGCAGCCAGUCAAGACAGCAGGAUAACAACACAGCAGAGAUCAUUACAUCAAGAACUAGGAUUAAAGCAAGGCAAUAAAUCUAUGCAACGAUAACUUCUGAGUCUUCUGGCAGACCACAAGACAGAGAAGCAAAUCCGGCUUUUACUACUGUGAAUUGUUUUAGUGGGAAAAGACCUGAAGUGGAGCUUUACUGGAAUCGUAUUGCAUUCUAGCUAGCUGGCUAACAUGCAGCUUUAGUGUUUGCAUUUGCACAAAAACGGGACUCUUGGAUAUAUCGAGUUGGAAUUUGCAUGGGUUUGCUAUCUCGACCUCUUCAACAUUCAUAUAUUCGCAAGCAGUUAAAGGCAUGCUGCCCUUUCACCUUGCAGACAUAGCUGGUUAGCUUGCUACCUCCAAAAGACCGACUCGUUGGCGCAGCUGAAAGCCGAACCCACGGCGCUUUUGGUCGGCCUGAGGACCAACGCAAUGCCGCGGUUUGAAAUCGGCCCAGCCGUAGAGCUAACUUCAGAAAGCUAACGCUAGCUGGAUAUAGCAGGCCGUUUAUCGUUCCCUAGUCAGCUAAUUAGAUAAAUCACAACUCAAAACCGAGAAGCACCGUUAACUUAUAUUCUGCACGGUGCUUUUGUUUUUAUAAACCCAACGGCUGUCCUAGCUAAUGCCGGGUAAUCUGAUAAUUAGCUAGCUAGCUCAUUAGCGAGUGUUGCAGAGCCAACGGUUGCGCCUGGGUUGGUUGUUGUUUACAGUGUGCUAGCAUGUACAUUGCAAGUUACAGUUAGCUUGGAAAUUGUCAUUUACUUUUUACUUAUCAAACUAAGGUACGUUGUUUUGUGUGCAUUAGCUUGUUGCGUACACAUCAAUACAGUUAAUGUCGUUAUUAAAAUCACUUUGAGCCCUCAUGUUAGAUUGUUAACAUAAAGACACCCAUGUAAACAAGUCUGACUACGUUUAAGGUGUCACUACAUAACAAGACAAUACUGUGCUGUUCUCUGGACUUCUGCAAUGCGUGUUAAGGAAGUUGCUUUGAAUUUAUCUGCCAAGAAUUAGCAGUACACAGACAUUAAAAGGCAUGGGAGUUGUUGACCUCCUGCAACACAGCGAGACAUAUCAGCCAUUCAUUCAUGAUUGAUGACCUUUGAGGAGGCAGACUGUCCUUUAUCCAACAGUCUUGUUCUAGUAUUUAUUUUUUAACCACUAAUGUAACCUAGUGAAGCUGAGGAGAUUUCAGUUUUAGCAGAAUCUUUCUUUUAAAGUCCUAAAGACACCUUGAACCAUUGGGUGGAUGGGAACAUGAGGAGCACUCUGUCUGAUCUCAACCAGCUUCCCAGUAGCUUGAAGAUCUGAUCAAAGCACAACAGAGAGGCCCAUUGUGUGGACUGAAAACUGAAGAGGAAAGAGAUGAUGAUGGGGAUAAAAGAGGCCCAGUGACAGUGUUGAUCCCCGCAUCAGGAAGCAGAGGCGUGUCACAAGGCUACAGACAUGAGUCUCCGCCAACCCACCUCGACACUGGACAGGCUCAGCAGUCUGACCAUCGGGGACUCGGAGCGCAAAUCCUCUGCCGCCCAGCAGAGGGAGCCAAUGGUGGAAAUCCCUGCGGAGAGUACGGGUACUGGCCUUGUCCAGAGAUGUGUGGUCGUGCAGAAGGACCAGCUCGGCUUCGGCUUCACAGUAUGUGGAGAGAGAGUCAAGCUAGUGCAGAAUGUCCGACCGGGUGGGGCAGCAGUCAAGGCCGGGGUCCAAGAAGGGGACAGAAUCAUAAAGGUGAACGGCUCGCUGGUGUCCUCCAUGUCCCAUCAGGAGGUGGUGAAGCUCAUCAAAUCUGGAACGUACGUCGCUCUGACACUACAAGGACCGCCCCCUUCAGCCGCCUCCUUGCCCUUAGACCCCCUCCCCACUGACCUCACACCCAAUCAAAGAACGUCUCUGGGUGGAGAGGCCCCGACGCCUCCACCUCCACCCUUGCCCUCUGGACUGAGCAGCACCCCAUCGCAAAGAAUCACUGGACCCAAACCACUGCAGGACCCAGAAGUACAAAAACAUGCCACGCAGAUACUCAGGAAGAUGCUGGAGCAGGAAGAGGCUGAACUGCAGGAGUUGAUGGAGGAGCAGUUGAGGAACCCGUCGCCGUCACUGGGGGAGCGGAUUGAAAGGGCCAAUAGGAGAGCUCACCAAGUCAGGGUCAAGAUUCAGCAAGAUCUGGACGGAACGCGGUCAGAAUGUGUCACGAGCUACGUCAUAGCAGGAGAAGGUCGACUAUCGAUGGACUCAAGCGAAGGAGACGUGGAGGCCUUUGAGAGUCCCCACUCCUCCCCCUCAUCCUCCUUCAGGACCCCCCAACACCGACGGCAGAACUCCGACACACACACCCUGUCUGAUUCGGGCGGGAAGGCCCAGAUCAUCGGCCCCGAGGAAGAGGAUGAAGAAGAUGACUGCUAUGCAUUUAAUGAGAUGGACGGUCCGUUCCAGGACAUCGAGUUGUUGAAGUCCCGACCGGCGCACAUGGCGGUGUUCAUGAGAUACGUCUUCACGCAGCUUCUGGACCCUAACCCUCUGCUGUUCUACCUGUCGGUGGAGGCCUACCUGGGCUCCAGCCCUAAAGACGCCCGCGCACUUGCACCUCAGAUCUGCUCGCAUUUCCUGGACCCGGAUGCUCCCCUGAAAAUCAAAGUACGAGAGGAGUACCUCACAGAUAUAGAAAGUCGACUUCAUGCCCAGGAGGACAUCAGAGGACCUUUGUCCGAGCUGCAGCAGCAAGUGCUGCCGGACAUCCAAGACCAGAUACAGGACUACAGAAACAAGCAGAUGAUGGGUCUCGGCUCUCUGUUUGGGGAAGGAGACCUGCAGCAGCUGGAUGGAGACCCGGUGAAGGAGAGGCAGGUGGUGGACAGACAGGUCACCGCCCUCUGGGAAAUACUAUCAAAGCACGAAGAGGACCGAAGUUCUCCGCUGGCGUCCGCUGUGCACCUAUACCUGCGUCAUUCUGGUAUCAAGCUCAGAGACUCCAAGGUUUUCCCUGGUCUGAGCACAGAGAAGGAGAAGUGGCUAGCCUUCUUAAAGACGAAAAAGCUGAGUGGUACCAAGAAAGAGAAAGAUGGAGAGGAUAAAAAAAGAAAUCCCAUCCUGAAGUACAUCGGAAAGCCCCGGAACACAUCCCAGUCCACAUUCCAUGUCCCGUUGUCACCCACCGAAGUCCGUCCUGGCAGUGUGAGGAACAUCAUUCAGCAGUUUGAGAAUCACACGGAGACGGGAGAGGAGGGAGGUGACCCCGCCGACCCCCAGAGGCUCUCCUCCAGCAGCCUGGGAGAAGACAGCAUGGACAGCCCCACGAUCUCAGUGCGUCUGGCACGCAGCGAGUCGUUGAAGGCUCAGGGAGAAGGGCGUCGGCGGGGCGUUGUCUCGGGGACGGAGUCUGUCCCUCGCUCUCGUAGCGAUGUGGACAUGGAGGACUGCGGGGAGGAAAGGGAGGGGCCGGGCCUCAGGCCGCUGCAGCACAGCACGUCGUCGUCCGCAUCCAGCAGCUCUGCACGGUCUCUAGAGAACCCUACACCCCCAUACACCCCUCGGUCUAGACGCAGGAGUGUGGACUCACCGUUGGCCCUGCUGCCGGACGCUGCUGCGCUGGAGGAGGAGGUGUGCGACGGUCAGAACUGGCAGGACACCGUUCCUCCUCAGCUCCUCGCCACGCUCAGUCCGAGGGAGGUGGACAGACAGGCUGUCAUAUACGAGCUCUUCACCACCGAGGCAUCCCACCUGCGGACCUUGAGGGUCCUGGACCAGGUCUUUUUCCAGAAGAUGAGGUCUGUGCUGAACUCUGAUGAGCUGGCCUGCAUCUUCCCCAACCUGCCGCAGGUCUACGAACUCCACGCGAGUCUGUGCGAGGAGAUGAAGAAACGAAGAGAAACUCCCAUCGUUCAGGACAUCGGGGACGUUAUGCUGGCCAGGUUUGAAGGUGCAGCUGGAGACGAGUUUCAGGAACAAGCGUCGCAGCUGUGCAGCCAGCAGUCUCAGGCUCAGGAGCUCAUCAAGAACAAACAACGCAAGGACCCUCGCUUCGCUCACAUUAUCCAGGAGUGUGAAGCGAGUCCUCACUGUCGGAGGCUGCAGCUCAAAGACCUGCUGGUGUCGGAGAUGCAGAGACUCACUAAGUACCCCCUGCUGCUGGACAACAUCAUGAAACACACACAGGCCGUCUCGUCGGACCUCCCCUCGCUUCAGCGCGCCCAGGCCUGCUGCAGGGGGAUACUGCAGGCCGUGAACGAGGUGGUCAGGGAAACGGAGCACCGGCAACGCCUCAGCCAAUACCAACGCAGGCUGGACGCUGCCCCUCUGUUCAAGAGUCUGGACCUCGCCACUAAGAGAAUGAUUCACGAAGGUCCGCUCACGUGGAAAGUGAGCAAAGAUAAGCAGAUAGAGAUCCAAGCGCUGCUGCUGUCCGACUGCCUGGUCCUCCUGCAGCGAGGCCCGGACGACCGUCUGCAGCUGAGAUAUCCAUCCCGCUGGCUGGGUGGAGGCGGAGGAGGCAGCGGAGACAGCAAGACCUCCUUCAGCCCUCUGGUGAAGCUGGACUCUCUGCUUGUCCGCUCAGUAGCUACAGAUAACAAAGCCCUCUACGUGAUCAGCACCACAGAGAGGCAGAUCUAUGAGCUGGUGGCUGGGACCUCAUCAGAGAAAAACACCUGGAAAGAUUUACUUGAAAAGACCAUCUCAUCGUCCGGCGGUUCAUCCCCCCUGAUCAAUCACGUAUCCAUACCUAUAUCGUCGCCCAGUCUACGCAGUGCGUCCCCGGUGUCGACUGGCAGCAGCGUGUUUGCAGACAACUCCAUAACGGAGCAGUCAGAUUCCACGGAGACUCAUUCCUCCAACGACGACAUCGUGCUCUCGGCGGACGCACCGACGGACCAAUCGGGAGCUUUCAUCCGCGGGGAGAGAAAAGCAGUCGGUGUGGCUGAGGCCGCUUUACAAGACGUUGAAACACUAAGGCAGCUCAUAUUACGAGAUUUGGAGGAGGACAGUUGGAGCCACGAUUCAGACGACACGCCGACAAACGAGGCGGCCAACGACAGGAGCUCGUUCGCCGAGAGGCAGCGGCCGGAGUCUCUGGAGACGGUCCUCAACUUCAGCACCAGCGAGUGGGAGGCCGAGCCCGAGGAAGAGGCUCCGCCCCCAGACGCGGAGCAACCCGGCAGCGUUCAGGUCGUACGGAAAGCUGUGGUUGCGGGUCCUUCUUCUUCUUCUUCUGUCCCUGAUGACAUCACUGCUGAUGUCACCCUCCCCUCAAACCAAUCAUCCAAGCCGAGAGGCGAGGCCACUGCGCAGGGGAACACUUUCUACUUGGUAAUGCCCACAGAGCAGGGCGAGAGCGUCACUGAUGACCUCAACGACCCUCCUACUCCCACCGCCAGCCACUUCCCUCAGCCUCCGGACGAAGCGAUGUCACCGCAGCCCGCCUGCGUCUCAGAGCCCAACCAAUCGAAGGCUAUGCAACUGGAACGGGAAGAGGAAACGGACCAAUCGCACGCCGGGCACCAGAGCCACGUGAUCAAAAAUGUGGAUGAGAUUUUCCACACCAUUGAGGGGUUGACGAGCAAGCUGCGCCAGCUGAAGGAAAUAGAGAAUUCCCACCACACGCUUUUGAAAUCCCUCAGAGAGCCCUUUGUCAAUCAGGAGUCAGAGGACCAACUGUGUCUCUCGGCAACCGUCUCCAGAACGCCGUCUCUGGACCGUGGCUCAGGAGACGGCAAAGAGGGCAGUGCAGCGGAGCCCAAGAUCCAGUCGACGGGGUUCUGACGUCGCUGCAGGAGUGGAUUUACUGUCUCUUCAUCUUGAUUGUUGGCGCACGGACGCACUCAUGGUCAGUCUCAGCCCCGCCUCCUCUCGCCCCUCGUCCCUGCAUGGCCAGUGGAUCAGAGCCCAGGAAGGAGCGUAGCUGUGUUUUUUCUUUUUUCUUUUUUUGGUUUCCUGUCGCCCUGGGAUUCACCAGGAUUGCCGAGGUCAGCACGACCCCCGACUUCUACCAGAGCGCGAGGGAGCCCAGGGCCGAGUGAGGGGAGAAGUUUGAAGGAACAAAAAAAGGUCGAAGACAAGUUGACCGGUGAAGAGAAAAAGUUGGAAGAAUUGAAAGUAUAAAAAAAAUGACCAAGUUGGAUAUUUGUGAAGGAAACGGAGCUGGUUGAAAGAGCGGAGCAGAAAAGUGUUGAAAUGUUAAUUUAAGGAAGAAUCUGAGGGACCCAUCACCCCUGCACUUUACCCACAAUGCUUCCCUCUGUCAUGUACGUCCUCCACUGCGGACGCAUCAGGGACAGGAGAUGCCACUGGCUUCAUUUAGGGGCCGAGAUGGCCUCCGGGGGUCCCCGCCCCCCCCUCCACUGGUUGCUUUACACUGAGUUCACCUGCCACCACGGCCGAAGGACUGUGUCUAUAUAAUUCAGGUUAUUUGCACUGGGUAAGGAAACCAACAUCAUUUGACCAUUUCAUUAAUCUCAGACCUUCACACCCCCCACACCGUGGGAGACACACUAACGUGCCAUUGGGAACAAGCCCCAAUGACAAAUCCUUAAGUCCCCUUUUGAGAUUUGUAAGAUGGCCAUGAGUGCAACACGUUGAUCUGGUUCGUAUUGUUUCGAGUUCUGGAAACCCCACGGCGCUGUUUACUACUGAAAUGCUGGCAGGUUUUAUUUUCAGCGCUGCUUCAGAGGCGUACAGGGAUCUCAGCCAUUUUUAAAAUAAAGAAGCUCAGUGGAUUCCCGCAGCUGUGUUCUGAUCAUGUAACGUCGUUUGGGUGUUACGUUUGGGAGAGUUAGAAUGUUUCGGGAGCAAAGUUGACGACGAGCGUGAGGAAAGAGGACAAACGCAGAUUCAAACUUUGAACGCUGACGACCUGUGUCACUCAAAUUGCUGCCAAAUAUCGCCGCUGACAUUGCCUGUCCACACUUUACCAUUUGACUGUGCAUCGUCGCUCCAGUGCGUGUGCGUGUGCGUGUGCGUGUGCGUGUGUGUGUGUGUGUGUGUGUGUGUGUGUGUGUACCACGGUAAAGACUGUGAACCAGCAACGUCUCACUUCUCCAGCAGCCAGACGUGCAGUGUUCAUAUCCAUCCGGCGCACAUCCAUGAAAGGACUGCAACUCUUUACCAAGUAGCUUUCCAGUGAGAGACCCCCCCACCCCCCUGAAUAGAACAACUUGUAUUUAUUGGGAGAAAUAAAAAGUUAAUUUGACACAAGCACAUGGUCCAAGUAAAAAAAGAAAACUGCUACUGUAUAUGCAACUGUUAGAUUAAGCAAAAAAUAAAUGUAAUGGAAGAGUUUGACAUUUUGGGAAACACGCUUAUAUGCAAGGGCUGAUGCCGCUGUCGUACAUGUACGGUAAAUGUGAAGCUACCACCAGCGGCUGCUCCCGUUAGCUUAUUUGAGUUUAGCGUAAAGACUGGAAAUGGGAGAAUCCACCCACCAGCAUCUCUUGAGCGCUUGUUUUUGCGGAUUUAAAAGGUAUUGCGUAGAUAUUAGUGAACUUUAGGAGGUGCUGGUGGGCAGCACCAAGCUAGCUGUUUCCAGAUGUAACGCUAAGCUAACUGGCUCCAGCACCGUCGUACUUACCGCACAGACACGAGAGCGGUAUCUAACGCAAGAAAGCAAAUUAUGCCAAACUGUGUUUGGAUCAUAUGUAGCAGUAAUUUAAUAAAUGUUUUUGUACGCCUUGGUUGAAGCAUGUGCAACUAGCAAAGACUCUCAAACGCCAUCUAUCUGGAACUCAUGUUAACACACACUAGACCAGAGAAGUUCUUUAAGUGCACCAGUUGGACGUUUUUGUCUCUUAUCAAGCGGAGCAGAAUCUCACUGGACUGGAUUUUAUUUGAGCUGGUUUCAAAUACUCACUGACGAGCGCUGUUGGCGAGUUCGCGGGCAAAACUGACGAAACACUACCAAACUGAAAACCAUGAGCCAACACUACACUCCAUCAGCUACAUGCUCCUGUUAAAGGGACAUUUCACUGCCUGGUGGAAGGUUUUCACUCUUUAGCCAACACGUGCUGAAGGAGUCGUCGACGACGAGUGUAACUCGCGUGAACAAAAAGAACGAGUUGAAAUGGGAGCGUCCGAUGGCCGCGGUACGAGCUCGAGGAAAUAUUCCACCAAAGUGAAAUAUCUCUUCAGAGGUGUUGAAGGGAGCGCGUUCAUUUUGUUCCUCGACAUGUUGCCUGCUGAUAGAUGACGAGAAGAAAAGAUUCCUUUUUUGUUUGUUUUAACACAUUUCCACGCCCGAAUCAGUCUCUUUCCUCUCCCCCCCCCCCCCUCUAACUACAGCAUUUUUCAUCUCCAAUUUCUACCUCUACUCUUCAGUUUCUUCAUAUCUUCCAUGAUUUCUUCUUUUCAUGCAUUUAUCCUGUACAUUGACAUCAGCGUUGAGGCCCCCCCCCAACCGGCUGUGAGGAAAACAAAAAGAGAAACAAAAAAAAAAAAAGCUAUAACUGAUUCCUUUUGUAAAACAAAAUGUUGCACAGACAAACUUCCCCGCACGGUGCAAACUACUGUAUGCAUACACACGUCUUUAACUAUCAUCUCAUUGUCUUUUUAUUUUGUGUCUUAUAUAAAAAAAGCUUCACUCGUGUAAUAUAGAGAGAUCAGACCCACUCGUUUUAUAUAUGUUCAUUUCUUUCUGUAAAGCCUUAGUCCUCGUCUUUUAUUUUAUUUUUGUAGAUAUGAUUUAAAAAAGAAAAAAGGAUGUAUAAAUUAUUUUCUUUUCCCUUGUUUUUAAACUUGAUGCGAUUGUUUAGCUGCACAGAAGGAAAAGAGAGCUCACGUCUCAGAUUCAUGUGUUUUGUGAGAUUAAAAAGAAACUGGAAAAUGAAA